AUUUUAUUUUAUUGACCUAAAGCUGUCUGGUUGUAGUAGCAUAAAUACAUAUUUAUAAAUCCGGCGAUCAAUUAUGGUGCGCAUCACCGAGGAGCUGGUGCGCAAAAAGUCGGAGCAUAAUGAGCGAUUAAUUAGCACUCUCGAGGAGCUGUCGCUGCACCAAGAGGACAUUGAGCGCAUCGAGCACAUACAGAACUGGUGUCGCGAUCUCAAGAUACUCCUCCUACAGUCCAAUCUGAUAGCACGCCUAGAGAAUCUGCACAAGCUGAAGCGACUCGAAUACCUCAAUGUGGCAAUCAAUAACAUCGAGCGCAUUGAGAAUCUCGAGAGUCUCGAGUCGCUGAAUAAGCUCGAUCUGACGCUCAACUUUAUUGGCGAGCUGACCAGCGUUGAGUCUCUUCGUGGCAACUACAAUCUGCGCGAGCUGGUCCUCAUCGGUAAUCCGUGCGUCGAUUAUCCACACUAUCGUGACUUUGUACUGGCCACGCUGCCCCAGCUGCACAGUCUCGACUGCACGGAAAUUGUGCCGUCGGCACGUUUGCAGGCACAGCGUCUGCUGGCCCAGCAUCGCGCUAUCGUCGUUCAGUGCCAGACGGCACAGGCCAUCGAGCGGGACGAGCAGCGUAUUCGUGUUGCCGAGCAGCAGGCCGAACUGGCCAAAGAGUGCGCCGGCAUUGAUGAUGAAGAGGAGCGCGUGCGCGCCUUCUGGAAUGCCAAAAGUGAACACUGUCCCGAAGUACGCACGGAGAUUGCACGUCAGCAUAAGCUGGGCAAGGAACGGCACCCGUCCAAGCCAAACCCAUUGACCGAAAAGCCAAAGAGGACAACGAAGCUGUUUGCACCCUGCGGACGACCAUACAAUCUAAACCAGGCCAAGCUGACCUUCAAAUUUGAGGAAGAGCCCAACCAUUACAGUCUGCUACUGGAAGUGUACAAGCAUCUGGACACAUCCCACAUCGAUGUGGACAUACAGAUGAACUAUGUGCGAGUCACUGUCAAAGGUAAGAUAUUCCAAAUAGCCUACAGCGAGGAGGUCAAGCCACAUGAGUCUGUUGUCCAGCGCUCCCAAAUCACUGGCCAUCUGCAGAUCACGAUCAAGAAGCUCAAAUCCAACGAGCUGCUCAGCAUCAAGUCUUCCAAUCCGUCGGGGACGAAAAGGUCAAGUGCAGCAGGUCAAAGGGCACCGCUCGGAAUUGUCGAUAUUGGCAGUAUUUGUGCGCCGCCCGAUUUGCCCGAUUUGAUAUAAGUGAAGGCGCGCAUUAAAUGUUUAUUUAAAAAUGGUUUAUUUAAAUAAUUUCUGUUUGGGAUUUUCACUUUCGUCUUUCCUUGCUGCUCACACAUUCCUGCUGCCUCCUAGUUCAUCACUCCGCGCUGACCCAGCUUGAUACCAGAUGUCUUAUAUACAUAUAUAUAAAUACAUAUAUAUAAGUAUAUACCAAUAUUUGAAUCUGUACUUAGAUUUUGUAAUGCGCGUAUGUGUGUAUAAUUUAAACUUAGCAUAUGUAUUUAUAAACAAUACAAAAGAAACGGACAAAAAAAUACACAAAAAUAUUGGUUGUUUGUCUUAAGAUUACAUAAUUAUAAUAUGCGUGUGCUUAUGUGUAAGUGUGUGUGUGUGUGUGUGUGGUUUUCCAUAAGUUCGUAUGUGUGUAUGGAUGUAUGUGUAAGUAUAAAGAAUUUCUUAUUUUGUCAAUGAUUAAUGAAUGCUAAAAGUUUCGGAAACCGUUUGCCAAAUAAUGCUUGCUCAUGCUUUGCAGUAUGUAUGUAUGUGUGUCUCUGUGUGUAUAUAUAUAUAUAUAUAUAUAUACAUAUGUGUGCGUACAAGUACAUAUCAAAAAGGAUGUGAUUUGAUUUGGGUUCGGUUUGGUUUGGUAUUCGGUUAAAUCUUCUUUAUUUUCAAUUUCAGUUGCUUGGCUUUAUAUGCGCUAAGUCUUGUCAAGUGUUAACAGCUGCUGAUUGUUAUUUAUAUUCUUCUUUUUCUUUUUCAUUUUCAUUUUCUUUACUUUGUUUUAACCAGAAACAAAAAAUCCAAAAAUAUGAACAGAGUGAAUAGGCUUUCAUCGUAUUUACAUACAAAUUCAUGAGCAGUAUCAGUUGUAGUUUUAGUAUAUGUUCCAAUAGAUUACUCUGAGCAAACGGAAAGGCAUCUCUUCUAAGGGAUCUCAAUUUAUUUCAGUCUCAGAGCGGCGCUUACUAUAGUUUCGACCGUAGAAUUGUUCGUGUGUGUAUAUCUGUGUGUUUGUGUGUGUGUGUAUGCUUUGGUAUUCUUAGUACUCUCUGCUCUCAGUGCUUACAAUUAUUUAGCGGAAGUUGGGGGAAUCGAUCGAUCUUUCGGCCUGGAUGUUGUAUAUAUCAUGAAGUUAUGGUAAUCGUAUGCAGUCAAUAUUUUAUGUGUUCCUUUUUGU